CAAAGUUGGUUAAUACUAUUUCCUAUAAGGAUAUCUCAAACUUUUUGUGUUAGCAGCUCACAGCCAGUUUCUGGCGAGACGUAUCUAUUUGAGCUCGUGUACGUAGUGUAUUAUCUCUGCUAUAAGGAUUUUGAGCAUCCGUCACUCGUGUGUUUGUGUUUACAUUUGUGUUGUGAUGGCAGGAUUUGUUAGGUUAUGUGAUAAUGCCUGUCCAUUGCUUCAGGCUAGACUAGCUGCUUCUGAAGUAUGUGUUUUUGCGAGACGGCAGUAUUCUCAACGACAGCAAACAAGCGCUGAUGAUGAGUUCAGGGUGCUGAAUCUGGUACCAAAGAAGGAGCAAACAGAAUCCAGAAGAAAAAUUGUAAAACCAGAAGUACUGCCACCACGAAGCAACCAGCUAUCACCUGAUGCAGACUGGUCAAAUGUCUGGGUGGGCCCUCGAUCCUUCCAUCCUGCAGUUGUACCUCUGCCUGUUCGACAGGGGUAUGUUGAAAAAGGAGUUGUUCCAGGAAAAUAUGGAAAUGCUGAACUGAUGAAGAUUCCUAACUUUCUUCAUCUAACUCCUCCAGCAGUUAAAAAACAUUGCAAUGCACUUAAAAAGUUCUGUACUCCAUGGCCUGAAGAGUUGGACAGUGAUGAAAAGAUAGAACAGUAUUUUCCUUUAGAAGUAAUUUCAUCAGACUAUUGUCAUUCAUCACCAACAAUCCGGGAUCCCAAGGCUAGGAUAGUUACAAUUCGGGUGAAAGUUAAAAACUUUAGUUUAGAUGAUCAUGCAAAAGACAAAUUGCAGAGGCUUGUUCAAGAACGCUAUGAUGCCAAAACAGACGUUUUGACCAUUGCAGCAGAUCGUUGUCCACUGAAGAAACAGAAUUAUGAUUAUGCCAUGUAUCUUUUGACAGCAGUUGUACAUGAGUCUGUUAAAUUUGAGGACUGGGAAAAAGAGAAAACGGAAGCUGACAUGGAAUAUUAUAGAUGGGACACCAAUUUAUCUCGUCAUAGUAUUCUCAAACUUUUGAAAUGGCCAAACGGUGAUGUAGAAGACAUAAAUGAAGAUAUAUCAUCCAUUCCUAAUGUAUCUGAGUACAGGGAUGCUGUGUCAAACAUAUGGAAUGAAGGUGAGAAUGAGAAUACUCUUGCAAAAUACAAGGAGAUAACAAAGAAAAUUUUCUCACUUCCAGACAAGCAUGUUGUUGGUGUUACUGGAUGAAAAAAAUGGUUUUAUAGUUUUGUUACAUGAACACAAUGUGUAAAUAAUUAAAAAAUCAUUUCAUGAAAAAAUAA